AUGGACCCAUCAUCGACCAUUAUCUCCGCUCUCAAAGAUCGCGAACUCUCGAUUAAUCGCGAUCAAAUCAAGUCCGCCCUCGUUGAGAGGAAGGAAGGUACUGAGCUUGCAAAAUGGCUGACGGAGCAUCUCAGUACCGACACACUGUUGUCGCAAGAGGAGCUCAUACUGUACUCGAAACUUGAAGAGUCCGGUGCCUUGCAGAGCCUUUUCACCAAUCCUAAUCUCAAAGCAACUCGCCCGCUUGUGGAUGAUGACCUUCGACGCGCGCUUGAAACACUAAACGCCUCCACCGCUGCAAUACAAAGACAGACCAAAACACUAGCAUCGCAGUACGAGAGCUUAAACAGAUCUAUCACCUCGGAUGACGAACUGGGGCUCAGACAAAAUCGGGACAAUGCACGAUUGCGCCAGAAGCAUACGUCAGAAAGACAAAAUAUAGCUGCCGCGUCCAGUGACUUGGCUCACGCAUUGGAAUCAGAGUUGAGAGGCGUAUCUGAGCAAGCUUCAGCAGACGCCAAGAGGAUACUCUCGUCUCUGACAGCUCGAUUCAAGGAAGAUGAUAGGCUGAUCGCGAACCUGGAGAGGCUGGCAUCCGGGAUAGAAACGAGUCAACAAGAUGAGAACAGUGCAAAGAUAGCUUUGGAGAGAUGUACUGUCCUUGCUCAAUGCCUUGCCGAUGAGAUCAGGUGUCGACUCGAUCGGUUAUAUCUGGAAUCGAUACAGGCAGGACUAAUGAUAGCGCGAACUGAGCCAGCACCCGCGGAAAAUGAGCCGUUGGCUGCGCUGGAGGAAGAACUUGAAUCCCUCUAUCCCGAAAUCGAAAUACUAGCUGAGAUGUCCACGAAACAACAGUUCGCCGAACCUAUAAUAGGCGAGUUAAGCAGUCACCACGAGGAGCUGCAAAAUGCCUCACAUGAAACGCUGGACUAUGUUUUGGACGUAGUAUCGGAGAUGACAUCGUCUACAAAUGGCCUUGUCAAGUGCCUGCAGGACAGGGAGUCUUAUUGUGGAACUCUGGAAGCUAUCGCUGCUGCGCACCGAUCAGAGAUUGGCGAUAUCUUCUUGGGCCCGCCUGUUAACAGGAGAGAGUCUUUGAGACGUUCCUCUGUACAGCCCGUUUCGGGCUUUACUUCAGCACAAAAAGACAAUCGGCUCCAUGAUUCUCAAUCAAUAGCGAAAGUGUUACGCCGAGUAGGAUUAUCUUUGGAUUCGGUGCUCCAUGCAGACGAAGCCAGUGAAUGCGCAGAUAAUCUAAAGGAGAAACGAUAUCAGUUGACUGAGAGCCUAAAUGACCAUGGUAUUGCCGCAGACUCGCCGCUCAUGGCUGAGUUACUCCCGACAGACCGGGCGAUCCAGCUUCUCUCCACUUCCUUGCACGCCGAUUCUGAAUUCGAGACCUCACUCGCGAAUCUGGACCACCAGAGGAAGCUCUCUAAUCUCGAAGACGAUUUGAAGGGUGUUCAGAAGGGGCUUGAGGGACUCGACAUGAGCGUGGUUCAUAGAAGAGAUAGAGGGCAGGAGAAAUUUGUGGAGAUGUGGGGUUCGAAGGCCGUGGACGACUGA